AUGACGGAUUACAAUGCGCUCAAGGUCCCGGAGCUGAAGGCCAUGCUGGGCCAGAGAAAGCUCCUGCAGACUGGUAACAAGCAAGCCUUGAUUUCGAGACUACAAGAGGAUGACGCGAAGGAUGCGACUGGUGGUGAGGAGGCCAAGCCAGACGCCUCCAAGGAAGAUGAAAUCACGUACAGCGAUGACGAAGCCACGGCGUCCAAACCAGCCGCAGAGAAACCCGCCCCAGCUGCAACUGAAUCAAAACCCGAAGAACCCGCCAAGGAAGAAGCUCCAGCGACCACAGAUGCUGCCGCCGAAAAGACCGAGGCUGAACCCGCGCAGUCCUUCGCCAUUGGUCUGGCAUCCACUGCCGCCGACGAUGAGGCUAAGAAGCGCGCAGAGCGGGCGAAGAGAUUCGGUAUUGAGGAAGACGACGAUGCAGUGAGGCGCGCAGACCGUGCGAAACGCUUCGGUCUGGAUCAGACGGAACUGGCAUCAAGUCUCGACUCUGCACUCCCUGAGCGGCCACGAAAGCGCGGUCGUGGUCGCGAAGCCGACAAUAGUCGCCCCGGAAAGCGACAGAGUCUUGAUCGGAGGGGUCGCCAUGGCAGGGGACCUCGCCAGGGAGGUAACAAGGAGCGCGGCGGAACCAUUUUGGACGAUGCCGGGGAGAGGGCAAAGGCCGAGAAGAGAGCCGCCAGAUUUGCCGCUGCUUAA